UGAAGAGGAUAGCUAUCGCGUAGGCGCCGAGCCCUGCAAGAAAUGACACUUGGGAGCGAUUGAUACUGGUCGCUGCGGAUGUCGACUGACCUGGCUGCUUGGGAGCGAUUGGCUGGCCCUCGUCAAGAAAAAGAAACCCCGUUCACGGCGAGCCGUUGAUCCGAGGAGAGAGCGCGCGCGGCCGGACGACGUAGACGUAGUAAAGGCGCCCGCGGUCGCCGAAACCCCACGUAACAUCACACGACGUUGCGCUGCAUGAUCUCACCCGGCGGGAACCUUUCCUCGUCACGGCCACCGAUACAAAAACCCGCGCAGAGCCAACGAGGAAGAGACCUGCAAUUGCUUCCACGAAUAAGCUUGCAGUCUGCAACUGCCGUGGAAGCGUUGCAACCCACGCGAGGACGACCCCUCUCUCCUGCGCUCUAGAUCCGUCUCACCACUCACCAGCUGCGCUGCUCCCGGCUCAGUCAAAUCAAACCCUUCGGGGACGGGGCAGGUUCCUUCGCUGUUGCUCUCGGCUCCCGCAAAAGCCUCGCCUUUCUUGCCAACAAGCCACCCAAGCCGCGAGAGAGACCCCCCAGGCUCUGACCCAAAUCGCACGGAAAGCAAAGGCCGCGCCUUGAUCGGUGUCUCGAUCCAAGAACCGUUUCUUUUCUUCUUCUUCUUGUUCCUCUGCUGUUGUUUUUGUCGGGAAGGAUAUAUCGAUGGGGAGGCUGCCGCUGCCGGCGUGGUGGUGGGCGCUGCUGGUGAUGGCGCUCACGGCGGGGGAGCAGGCGGCGGGGCGGUUCGUGGUGGAGAAGAACAGCCUGCGGGUGACGUCCCCGGCGCCGCUCCGGGGCGUCUACGAGUGCGCCAUCGGCAACUUCGGCAUGCCGCAGUACGGGGGCACCAUGCACGGGGUGGUCGUCUACCCCAAGGCCAACAGGAAGGCCUGCAAGCCGUUCGACGACUUCGGCCUCUCCUUCAAGCCCAAGCCCGGCGGCCUCCCCGUCUUCCUGCUCGUUGAUCGCGGAGACUGCUACUUCACAACCAAGGGAUGGAAUGCACAAAAUGCUGGAGCUGCAGCGGUUCUUGUUGCCGACAGCAAAGUGGAGCCUUUGAUCACAAUGGAUACUCCAGAAUCAAGUGGCAAAGAGCACAUAGAGGACAUCACUAUUCCUUCAGCACUUGUAACAAAGAGAUUUGGGGAUGACCUUAGGAAAGCACUGGAAAAUGGAGAUAUGGUUAAUGUCCUUCUGGACUGGAGGGAAUCUCUACCCCAUCCUGAUGAGCGUGUGGAGUAUGAAUUCUGGACAAACAGCAAUGAUGAAUGCGGUGCUAAAUGCGACAUGCAAAUGAAUUUUGUGAGGAGCUUCAGAGGAAUAGCUCACGUGCUUGAGAAAAGGGGUUACACCCAGUUCACUCCUCAUUAUAUUACGUGGUAUUGUCCAGAAGCUUUUGUCCUGAGCAAACAAUGCAAAUCACAAUGCAUCAAUCAUGAGAGAUACUGCGCACCAGAUCCGGAGCAGGAUUUCAACACUGGAUAUGAUGGCAAAGAUGUUGUGGUUCAGAACCUUAUUCAAAUUUGUGUGUUCAAAGUUGCCAAUGAAAGUCAGAAGCCGUGGUUGUGGUGGGAUUAUGUGCACGACUUUGCAGUUAGGUGCCCAAUGAAGGAGAAGAAAUACACACGCGAAUGUGCUAAUGGUGUUAUUAAGUCACUCGGAUUGGAAAUUGAGAAAAUCAAUAAGUGCGUUGGAGAUCCUGAAGCCGAUGAAGAAAAUCCAGUCCUCAAAGCAGAACAGGGUGCUCAAAUCGGCCGUGGUUCUCGAGGCGAUGUCACUAUACUGCCUACUCUUGUCGUCAACAAUAGACAAUACAGAGGUAAGCUGGAAAAAAGUGCUGUUCUAAAAGCAGUAUGCUCGGGAUUUGAGGAGACAACUGAACCUGAUGUCUGCUUGCGAGAAGAUAUUGAGACAAAUGAAUGUUUGGAGAACAAUGGAGGUUGCUGGUUAGACAAGGCUACCAAUGUUACUGCAUGCAAGGAUACCUUCCGUGGUCGCGUUUGUGAAUGCCCUAUUGUCAAUGGUGUGAAGUUCGUUGGUGACGGGUACACCCACUGUGAAGCUUCUGGUGUCGGUAGGUGCCAAAUCAACAACGGAGGCUGCUGGAAGGAAACUAGGAACGGGAAGACUGUUUCGGCCUGCUCAAAUGAAGAAGCUAACGGCUGCAAAUGCCCACCAGGUUUUAAGGGUGAUGGCAUAAACAGUUGCGAAGAUAUUGAUGAAUGCAAAGAGAAGCUUUUCUGCCAGUGCAAGGAUUGCGCUUGUGACAAUACAUGGGGAAGCUACGAGUGCAGCUGUGGUGCAAACAAUAUGUUAUACAUUAGAGAACAUGACACCUGUAUCAGCAAAGAGUCUACUUCGUCAGUGGGUUGGGGCUUCCUAUGGGUUAUUUUCUUCGGCCUCGCCUUGGCUGGAGUUGGAGCAUAUGCCGUGUACAAAUAUAGGCUACGGAGUUACAUGGAUUCAGAGAUUCGUGCGAUUAUGGCUCAGUACAUGCCCCUGGAGAACCAAGAAACUCCGAAUCAACAGCGCCCCGUCGAGCACGCAGAUAUCUGAGACAGCAUGGAGCAAGCAUAAGACCUAUUAACAUCGCAUCGGUGGUAGUCAUCUCUGCAGAGACAUCGGCUUGGAGCUGCCCUUUGUGCGCAGAAUAUUGAUAGCCUAUGAUUCAAAAAGACAGGAUAGCCUGUUGCACAGCCUCUCUUUUUUCCCCUGAAAAUUACAGAGCAGACUAGGAUCUCUCACUGCAGUUAGAAUUCAUUGGGCUCUAGUUACCUCUUGAGCUUGCGGUCGUGUUUUGCAUUCCACAGUAAAUGUUAACAUCCUGUAAAUACUGUUGUUGUUCAGACUUGAGACUUGUAAGGCUCGUUUGGUCGCUUCCCUUAUCAAAUUUGCCUGGCCUGAGCCUUUCUGAGA